AUGUCUGCCUGCCUAUUCAGGGACACCUACCUGCACCCCUUGCUCAAGGUCCGCUCCCAGUUCCGACAGAUCUUCCUGGAGAUGGGGUUCACUGAGAUGCCUAUGGACAACUUUAUUGAGAACUCCUGGAACGUUGACGGACUCUUCCAGCCUCAGCAGCACCCAGCAUGUGACCAACAUGAUGCAUUCUUCCUGAAAGAUCCCGCUGAGGCCCUGCAGCUCCCAAUGGACUAUGUCCAGCGGGUGAAAUGGACCCACUCUCAGGGCAGCUAUGGCUCACAGGGCUACAAGUAUACCUGGAAGCUAGAAGAGGCCCGGAAAAACCUGCUUCGCACACAUAGCACAGCAGCCAGCGCCCGAACUCUCUAUUCCUUAGCUCAGAAGAAGCCCUUCACACCAGCCAAGUACUUCUCCAUUGAUCGUGUGUUCCGGAAUGAGACGCUGGACGCCACACACCUGGCAGAGUUCCACCAGAUUGAGGGUGUGAUAGCAAGCCAUGGGCUGACCCUGGGCCACCUCAUGGGUGUGCUGAGGGAGUUCUUCACCAAGCUGGGAAUCACCCAGUUGCUCUUCAAACCCGCCUACAACCCCUACACACAGCCCAGCAUGGAAGUGUUCAGCUACCACCAAAGUCUAAAGAAGUGGGUAGAAGUUGGCAGCUCUGAGGUCUUCCGCCCUGAGAUGCUCCUGCCUAUGGGCCUCCCCAAGAAUGUGUCUGUUAUUGCUUGGGGUCUCUCUCUGGAGCGCCCGACAAUGAUUAAGUAUGGCAUUAAUAACAUCCGAGAGCUGGUGGGCAACAAGGUGAACACGCAGAUGGUAUAUGACAGCCCUGUGUGCAGCCUGGAUAUUGAGCCCAGGUCCCCACAAACACAGGAGGCUGCCUGA